CUUCAAAAUAUCGACGUGCGACUUUCCCUUAUAUGGGGCGUACCGAUAAUUAAUAAACCAAAGUACAAAGAUAGAAAUGCGUUUUGGGUUUUGUCUCUAUAUCCAAUUCGACCCCGAUAUCUAAAUGAAAAAAUGGAGCCGGCGCCACGACAACUUGAGCAUGAAAUCGAGGAGCUUAAGAUUUUGGCUCGGCAAAAGUCUGAGGAGAUUUUACGGGCGAAACAACGGUUCUUCAGUGAAGUCGGGAGCACGGCAAACCCAUUUGACCCUGCCGCAGCUACUUCUCCACAACCAGGGAACGCGGGAACUCAUAGUACUGCGUCGCACAAGGCGGUACAGCGAGAAGUUGGUAGUGCAUCAGGGUCUACUUCUACCACUGCUUGGGAUGCAACAUCAAGGGCAAACGCAAUUUCAGCAAGCGUCCGAAUGUUGAAUGAUAGCGAGGAGCAUUAUCAGAGCCUGCUUCAGGCUGCUCGGGGAGAGAGUAAAAAUAGUCCUAAUUUUGGCAAUCAGGAGCAUCCACAAGAGCGCGAUGCUUAUGAGCCGCGCAGCUCCGUUGAAAAUAGUGUGUCUGCGAGGCUGCACGUAACCGACGCGUCUGCGAGCCAACUCUCCGAGAUCCCCAUCAGCUACAGGGAUUCACAGGUGGGUCUGGGCCCAGCUCAACAGGGGCAUGAAAGUGGACAAGCGGCCUCCCGGUCAGGCCGAGCGGGAAAGUUGACUUUGAGUGAGCGACUGCACAAUCGUUCCAUUGAGGCAAACAAGGUCGAAGACGUUACAGUUGCGAAGAACGCUACCUCGCAGUACUCCCGUCCCCAGCAUCCCAAGCCGUGGUCACCCGCCGGCGGUCGGGUGCAGAUGACUUCGCCGGCAUCUCCCACGGGAGCCUUGUCUCGGAGCCGAAGUCGAGUAUUGGAAGAUCAUCCACCGUCCCAGAGGACAAACCGCAGGCCGAGCCCAUCGCAAUCUCCGUUUUCGAAGCGGUAUCGAUCGCCCUCCCCAAACUCGAGUUUCCACCAGCCGCGAUCGCCGGCUCGUAGUUGGUCUUCAUCUCCUAUGCUGGGCGCCUCUGGCAGCCGCAUUCAUUCGCGAACGCGAAAGUUUCUACGGUCGAAUUCGGCUGGCCCGGCCUUUGUUUCGCCCACAAGAAUGUCGGAUAGUUCUGCAGUGCGUCGGCAUGUUGAGGAUGGACCGCCAUCAGGGGGCGCAGGGUCGCUGCCGAAUAUGCCCGCACGAAGUUUUGAGUCUGUGUCGUCGCCGCUUUUGCGCACACGCAAGGACCUGGUGGGGGAGCGACUCUCGCGGGUGCGUGAAAAGCGCGAGAGGUUUGAGCGUGACUGUGCGCGUUUGAUAGCAGAAAAUCGCCGGCACCUGACAGAGUUCUCCGGGUUCGACGAGAGCAGCCACGGAAGGGCAAGACCACGGGUCCGUGACCGUAGCGCGCCUUCGGCUGUUCCGACACGCAACGAAGAGCGCAGUUGGCGUCUGCGUGAACAGAUGGCGGAGCGGGCGUACCUGUUUCAAGAGGAGCUCCAGGAACAAAAGUCGCACUACGGGGUACGAGAACGUCACCUGCUGGAGGAGCUGGAACAAAUGAAAAAAACGAAUCAGUGCCUUGCGAAGGCGGCCAUGGACCCAAAGUUGCUUCACGGACUCUGGCGCCAGAGUAACCAUGUGGCGCUGCGCGAGGGCAUACGAAGCGCGGGUGUUUUGCGCGCACCAGCACCGAAAGCUCCUUUCGUAACCGGCAGCGACGGGGGAGGGGGGUCAGUUACGGACGACCGCGAGCGCGACCAAGAGAUAGCCCAGCUUAAAAACGCCAUUCAAGAAGUGCAAGCCCAACAGAAAGAGCAGCAAAAAACACAUUCCGAGGACCUGGAGAAACAGGCACGGGUGCAUGCUAGCUUGCACGCGGAGACGGAGGCGCGCUGGAAGAAGGAGGUCUGAUGAAAUUAUAUAUAAUGUUCGUAAAGUUUUGGGCUUCAUUCUUUUUGCGUUUCCGUUACGGUCUCAUGCUGGCAUAAUUAAAGUUUUCCUAGUCCGUAUUACGAUAAGCUCAGUCGUCCUACUAUUCCUACUUUUUUGAUAUCGUUAUGGCGAUAACCACGGGCGUCGGACUUUCGUUUGCGUAGGAGCGGCGCUUACGCUUUGCAGAAGUAGAGGGCCGAUUCCAAGGCUCCACUCAUUAGCAGCACAUGUAUUUAGACAGAGACAGUUUAUUGUUACUCGAACGCCCCUGCACCUGCAAGAUGCCAGCAGCGCAGCCGACAGCUCAUGUUGCAUUUUCUACCACUGUUGCAAUUUGUUUCAAUGUAGAAAUGAAGAAAAUACUUAAACAGAUCGAAGAGUCGAACCGCAAGCAUGAAGAAGAGAAACGAAGCUGGCUACUAGAGCGAUCCGAAGCUGCUGUUUCGCAAUUGGAGCAGACCGGACGCGAGUACCACCGAAAUGAAGAACAGAAUCGCUCGGAACAAGAACAGCUCCGCAACUUGGAGAGCACGACCAGAUCGAGACAACAAGACAGCGACCUGUUAAGGCACCAGCUAGAGUCGGAGAUAACACGCACGCGCUACGAGAUGGAGACGGCACUGCGGGAAGUCGAAGCAAAACACCGCGAGGAUCUGCGCUAUGCUUUGGAAGAACAACGGCAUAUGAUCGAGGAGCAACAGCGGCACCUUUUGCGGCAGCAGCACGAGAGACGUCGGACGAGCAACCGACAAGGUCGUGGCACGAGCAGUCGCAACACGACAUUUGCAAGCGCCAGCGGUCGUUUCCAAGAACAAAUGGGCAGCACACGUCGACCGUUGCUACCAGAUCAUGUCCUCGAGCAAGCACGAGUUUUAGACCCUGAGUCCUCGUCUUCUACCUCAGUCGUAAUGGAUCAUGAGGAUGUAGUGGAAAAGAACACCACCAGGACAUCGCCGACUGCGCUUCCGGAACCAAAAAAUGCAGAGGCGGCACACCAGAGAGAACGGCUAAUGUCCUCUUCGGCGAGCAGCUCGUCCGGUUUGCUGGUGCGGGGCGAUCCUCACCCUGACCAGCGCGAAACGGACGAGCCUCUGUCCGGCGUUUUAUGGGCAGGAGACGCGGCAGCAGGUGCCGUUUCGAACUCUAGUGCCGACGACAUCGAGGCUGCUCUCACGGACCACUCCGCAGUGAGCGGAGCACACAGAUCGGCUGCUCUGGUUCGGCUGGAGCGCGAGAAAGCUCAGCUGGAAGUGCAGUUGAGAAAAUUCGGGUCAAAUACAACGAGUUUGCAAACGGGGGACCCCGCUGGACGAGGCAGGAUCACUACAAGCAACAGCUUUCAGUCUAGAGGCCGCCUUGUGUCGCAAACGCCGACUGCGACGUUGGAAAUUCCUCCUUCUAUUAUAGUGCCUGGUGAAAUGAAAACGUCGGGGAGUGCCUCCAGCGGGCGAUCACCGUCAACCGAGGCUACCUUAGCUGGGGCUCGCGGGAGUUGCAGUUCAUCGUCGUCACGCAUACCUACAGAUUUGGCGACACUUCUGCGCGUUCCUGAAACGGCGGGUGAGGACGCUGUUGUGGAAGCCGUUGCAGACAUGCGCCAUGUAUUGGAUCACGUCACAGAUUACAUGAGUAAUUUGAAUGAUUCCUACAACUCGUCAGCGAGCUUCGCCGUCUCUGGUCGGGGACGAGAAGAUGGAGGCACGAAGGCACAAUUGGGGACCACUCUCACGCCCGGUCGUGGAGAACCGAGCCCGCACAAACCCAGCCGCGGGCCUCUCAUGCGCCGAAUGAGCACGACAGGUGGAGGACGGCAAGAUGCGUUUGAUGGACAUCGCAAGGACGACUAUGUGAACGACCGUGCCAAAAAUCAGAACACGAUGCUCAUCAAGACGAGGAAGACCCAGUCGCAGACAAAGCAUCCUGUGGUGCCACGGCUGCAGAAGCACAUGACAGCUGCCGCCAGCUCCUCGAAAAAUGCGAACGGUACAAUUGAACUCGUACAGCGGCUGCAGCCUCUGCUUACGCCUCUGGUGCAAAAAGUCGACACGAGCGACCCUACAUCCACCGGGCGACUUUCUGCAAUCACCCGAUGGCUGCACCGCGAGACGCAGGCCUCACAAAGCUCGACCGCCGACCCGAAUGAUAGCGACGGGAAAAUCAUCAAGACGUCCUCUGCGGUUGUUGUGCCAGGCGCGUGUGAGGAAGAGAUGCAGAAGGAGGCAAUAAAGGCAUGCAGUUCACAGGUAUCGCAAGAACCACAAGCCGGCGCUCUGAAGAAAAACCUUAAAGGAGGAGUCGACGAGGGGGAAGACCUCCAAGACAAGACUAGCGAAGACCACGAAGACCUUCGGACAAAAAUUAAGUCGCUGCGGGAGGAGCUUCGCGAAGCUCAUCAACGAGCCGAACAGGUGUUCGAGUUACAGGAGUCACACAAGGACCAGGUUCUACGUAACUACGAAAAGGAGGUAGAUUACCACCGUCGACACGCAAACCGUGUGCACCAAACGUGGAAAACGCAGUUGCACCAAGCUGCGCAGCAUGUGCCCGCAGUUGCGGAACACUUCGUCGCCGUUGCCUCCAAGUUGCACGCGGACGACUUUCUUGCCUCCAAGAAAAAAAGUGCGCCGCGUAGCGAAGCAGCGAGUACAGGCACAGGGGGGAAAGAGAACAAAAAGCCUCACGAUACAUAAGUAGAGCCAAAUGUUGCACCAGCUGCUGUAAGUAGUGGACAUUCUUCCUUACUGCAAACAAUGCGCACCAUUAUUGAAAUGAAAUUGCAAAGUCCUCCACGACAUUUCUGCGUCCGCUCCUUAUUCGAAAAAGAAAACAAUACAAAUGAAAAUCAAACGCGACCGGCCAUGUUUCUGAAAGAGAGAAUGCUUGUACGUAGUCGUCCUGUCGGUAGUUCGCGUUUUCCUUUCUUCCGACGCCCCCAGUUGUACCGGUUUUGCGUGUGGUGCUGCACGGUCAAGAAGAUCAUGAGCUAGUAGUAUUUACUUAGUGCUGCAUAUUCGUGAUUACAGUCGGGCAGUUAAAUUCCACUUUGUUUAUUUGUACGGAACAAAUUUCGAUUACGUAUGCUUGUUGGUGAAGCACGAGCAACAUGUUGCAUUGUUGGAGUUUUCUGCUGUUCUUUGGGCUUCUGCAUUCCUUCGAAGCAACAGGCACCUUCGCAAGCGAUGAGUACAAAGUGGAAACAAGUCGCAGCCGAUGCGACUUUCUACCGAUGGGCCGUGUUCGUUCUGUAGCUGAAGGCGACAUCCGCACCGACCCGCCUCCAGACCGCAAAUUCGUGAAA